AGGAAAGUAGAUGCUUUUUCUUUAGUUUCCACUAACCAAAUUUCGAAAUUAAAUGAUGUCUCCGUCUUCGUCUUCGUCUUCGUCUUCAUCUUCAUCUGAGCUUUCAAAAGAUUCAAGCAACUAAUGGAGACCUCUUCCCCUCCCUUCUCUCUCGCUCUCGUGCUUUUGACAUUAACCAGCGUUACACUGAUCACCUCCUCCUCCUCCUCCCCGUUUUCCAACUCAGAUACUGAUCAAGACGCUCUCCUCGCCUUCAAAAACGCCAUCAUUUUGGACUCCGAUUCCAUCAUGAUCAGCAACUGGUCCGCUAACGCUUCCAUCUGCAGCUGGACUGGCGUCUCAUGCAGCCUCGACCACCAAAGGGUCACGGCCCUCAAUUUCUCCGGCUUCCUCCUCCACGGAACCAUCUCUCCACAUCUUGGAAACUUAACGUUCCUUCAGUCUCUGGACAUGAGCUCCAACAAUUUCACAGGCUCCAUACCCUCGGAGCUGUCCAACAUCCAAAGGCUGAAGACUUUGAACUUAGCGAGUAAUCAGCUCGUGGGAGGUCUACCGAGUGGCAUCUUCACCAACAUGUCUGUGUUGGUAGAGAUCAACCUCAGGUCUAACAACCUAUCGGGCGAGCUCCCAAGUAAUAUAUGCAGUAAUACUCCGAAACUCAAGAGGUUACUUUUGUCCGGAAAUAAAAUUGAUGGAAAAAUCCCGAAGAGUAUAUGCAAGUGCAGAGAGAUGGAAGAGUUGCGAAUAUCCUCUAACCAACUCACUGGCAAAAUACCAACUGAAAUCGGGAACUUGACGAAGCUUACUUUGUUAAGCAUGUUUUCAAACCAUUUGGAAGGAGAAAUUCCUUCAUCUGUCUUCAACAUUUCUUCUCUGGAAUUUGUGUACCUUGGUGACAACAGUCUUACUAGUAGUGUCCCCAUUUUCAACAGUUUAACCAGGCUUCAAAGAUUGUAUCUUGACGGAAACAACUUGAUAGGUGGCAUACCCGAAGAAAUUGGAUAUCUCACCUCCUUGCAGUAUCUAAAACUUGAUAAAAACAACUUGACAGGUCAGAUACCAAAGCAAAUUGGGAACCUUACUAUGCUGAGAACAUUAUAUAUUGAUUCCAACAAGUUGACAGGUGAACUACCAGAAGAGCUUGGUAAUCUCAAAAACAUCACACUUAUUCAUGCAUACUCAAAUGCUUUGAGUGGUUCAAUCCCACAUUCCAUAUUUAAUCUCUCAACAUUGGAAGUAUUAUCUCUUCAGUUCAAUCAACUCUCCGGCAGUCUUCCUCCAUACAUAGGCCUCUCACUUGUCAAUCUCAAAGAGCUACAUUUAUCUUCCAAUAGACUCACCGGAGAAAUCCCAACCACUAUCAGCAAUGCUUCCGUGCUUACUUGGUUGCAGUUGAAUAUAAACUCAUUCACUGGCUCCAUUCCCCACUUUGAUAACUUAAGGUCCCUCAAAGUCCUUCGACUUUGGGAAAAUAAUCUGACGGGAGCUGACUCUCCGGAUCAAGAACUCACAUUUCUCUCUUCGUUAACUAACUGCUCGUCUUUGGAGUCCUUGGAUAUAUCAGAUAAUCCGCGGAUGAAUGGUGUCCUCCCGCCUUCGGUUGGGAACUUAUCUGUCUCUCUCAAAAGUUUUCGAGCAGCUAACUGCAGCAUCCGAGGAGUUAUUCCUUCUGCUUUUGGAAAUUUGAGCAAUUUACAAACUUUGGAUUUAUCUACAAAUAAUCUCACAGGAUUCAUCCCGGCAACAAUGGGGAAGUUGAAGCAGCUGGGUGAGUUAGUCCUCUAUAAUAACCGGCUGGGCGGAUAUAUCCCUCGUGAUCUUUGUCCAAUGAGAAACUUGAUAAAAUUGGGCUUGCAUGCCAACAUGCUCGUAGGUCCGUUACCAGAAUGUUUGGGGGAAGUUAAAUCUCUAAGAAUGGUCACAAUGAACUCGAACAAGCUGAGUUCCACUCUCCCUUCGGAAAUCUUUGGUCUUGCAGACCUCAUAUAUUUGGACUUGUCUUCGAACAAUCUGAGUGGUCAACUUCCGUAUAUUGGAAGGCUGAAGGCUAUUAACGAGUUAGACUUAUCCUCUAACGAGUUUUCAGGUUCUAUUCCUGAAUCAAUUGGCGGAUGUGAGUCACUUGUAUACCUAAAUUUGUCGAAAAAUACGUUUAAUGGUUCCAUCCCUCAGUCAGUGGGAGAGGCCAAAGGAUUGAGUAAAUUGGAUCUGUCCUAUAAUCACCUGUCUGGUUCGAUACCCGAGUCACUGGAAAAGCUCAAGCUUGUGAAGUUGAAUAUGUCUUAUAAUGAUCUGGAAGGGGAAAUACCAGAUGAAGGUUGUUUUUCUGAGUUAGAUGCUCAGUCAUUUCUCAACAACCUUAAGCUAUGUGGCUCGGAGAGAUUUCAAGUGCCAUCUUGUCCGAAGAAGCAUCCAAAAUCAAACGUUGUUGCUCUUGUAAUGAAAUAUGUUGUUCCACCCUUUGUUGCAUUCUUAUUUGUAGUGGUUGGUUUACUCAUUCUGAUAAGGAGAUGGAGGCGGCCACAAGACAAACCGCCUUCUACGGAAAAUUCAUCAAAACUUAGGAGCUGGAAAAUAGUUUCGGAGAAAGAACUAGAGCAGGGAACAAGUUCUUUUAGUGAGACGAAUCUCCUUGGUAAAGGAAGCAUCGGUUCAGUAUUCAAAGCAACACUAGCAGAUGGGACAGAAGUUGCGGUGAAAGUGUUCGACUUACAAGUAGAAAGAGCCAUCAGGAUCUUUAAAACUGAGAGUCAUAUAUUAAGCACUAUUCGACAUAGAAACUUGGUGAAGAUACUUGGUUGUUGCAGUAACCCUGAAUUCAAAGCCUUGAUUCUUACAUAUAUGCCGAAUGGAAGCUUGGAGAAAUGGCUGCAUUCGGACAAGAAUUGUCUUGAUCUGGUGCAAAGACUACAAGUAGCAAUAGAUGUGGCGUUAGCUUUGGAAUAUCUUCAUCAUGACCAUACAUACCCGGUCGUUCACUGUGAUAUAAAGCCAAACAAUGUGUUGCUCGAUGCAGAUAUGACUGCUCAUGUUGGGGACUUUGGUAUCGCCAAGCUCUUUGACCACGAUGAGGCUGCAGUUCACACUAUAGCCAUGGGAACUAUUGGUUAUGCAGCACCAGAGUUUGGAUCCGAAGGAACGGUAUCUACAAUGGGAGAUGUAUACAGUUAUGGGAUACUGUUGUUGGAGAUGUUCACAAGCAAGAAGCCGACAGAUGAUAUGUUCAACGGCGAAAUGAGCAUAAAGGAGUGGGUGGGUAAAGCGUUAAACGAAAAUGCAAUAAGCGUAGUCGUGGCCUCUGUUUUGGUAUCAAUAGAAGAUGGACAUUUCUCUGCAAAGUUAGAAUGUGUGACAUCUGUUUUCGAAUUGGCGAUGAAAUGUUUGGCCCUUUUACCACAUGAACGAAUCAACAUGAAGCAAGUAGUGGCUGCUCUACAGAAGAUCAAAGGCAAGUUUACACUGGAAGAUAUGGAAAAGAAGCAUCGCUGGUGAUAGAUUGUAGUUUUAGUUAAGUAAUACAGUAAUUGUUUUGUAUGUUUUGUGUGUCGUGGUAUUUGGUGCGGCAAGUAUGGAUGUAUAGUAUUGAGAAGUAGUAUAUUUAUUUUGUGCGUAUUUAUAGAUUGUGAAUGGUUGUAGUGUGGAGUAGUAGUAUGUUUAUUUUGUGCUUAUUUAUAGAUUGCGAAUGGUCGUAGUGUGGAGUAGUACCAUGUUUAUUUCGUGCGUAUUUAUAGAUUGCGAAUGGUCUUAGUGUGGAGUAGAAGAAAAUCUGGAAUCGGGAUUA